AUGGCCGCCGCCCGCCGCUGCCUCUUCCUGCUGCUCCUGUCCGCGGGCGUGGCUCUGCUGCUGCAGCCACCACUGGGUGCCCGGGGGGCCCCGCUGGAGCCAGUAUACCCAGGGGACAACGCCACGCCGGAGCAGAUGGCCCAGUACGCAGCUGAGCUCCGCAGAUACAUCAACAUGUUGACCAGGCCCAGGUAUGGGAAAAGAGACAAAGAAGGCGCGCUGGACUUCUUGGAGUGUGGCUCCCCCCACGCAGCUGCUCCCAGGUGGGCUUGGUUCUCUGCCCUGUGUGUCCAGAGGCCUGGGGCGGAAACGGGGGUGUGUGUGGGGUGGGGAGAACAGGGGCCUAGGGCUGGUCUGAGGUCUUCCGAGGGCACGAGGACUACCCACUCAUGCUGCCAUGCUCUGCCCUCUCCUCACAGGCAGCUCAGCCCGAGGGACUCGUAA